AUGGAGUGUUCAAUUGAAGAAUUGGAACUUGCAAAGCGAGGAUUGGGGGCCCAGAUCCAAACCCUCCGUGAUGAGAUGGAGCGCCAGUUCAAACGCAUAUUGACACAAACUGUCGAGGCCCACGAGAAUGAUCGAAAGAACAACUUUGAGCGGUAUCUCACCCGAGCCUCUCUAGAGUGCCCCCCAGACAUCUUUGAACGACUCAAGAGCUGGAUCAGUUGCCAGUUUCCAACCUACAUCUCCGGAUUCAACUACUCCCAGGGCGGCUCUUUUUCAAUCAACUUCACUAACACGCCCCCGCCUGGCACCUGGGAGCCUAUUGUGGUUGAUAUGAACAAGAUCUUUGACCAGAUGGCUUCCCCAGCAGCGGAUUCUCAAAAGGAUACGGCUACAUCCACGGGCGUCCAUCCCUCCGAGAACAGACCAACCACGCCCUCACGCAGGCCUCUACCGACGAAUCGCAGAGCCUCUCCUCGUACCAGGACCCCCCGCCAGGGAAAGACAGUCAAGUUGCCAACAGCUCGAGUCGAAAAAAACAAGCCUUCUAGCCGGAGCCUGCCGCAGACUCCCCGAAAGCAGAAACGUCCUGCUGGGAAUUGCAGCCAGCCCGUAGGCGGAGGAGUGAUCAAGACUAGUGUUGCGACCAAGGCUGUUUCCGAAAACCCAAGCUUUGCUUUCCCUUACGAUCUCGGAGAAGGGUUUCAAUAUUACAUCCUCCGAUGUCCAGCACCAGGAUGCCAGUUUUCGUUCUCAACGAGUCCCCUCAGGAAUAAGCUGGCUGUUUCGCACUUCAAGGAAUGCAAGGUCCCCUUUGUGGAUGAAGAGGACAUCGUUCGUCGAUACGCCCGCCAGUUACAAAGGCAACGGAUGGACCAAGAAUCCACGGAGAUUAGCAAGAUGUGGAUUGUCAAAUACAACGACCUGGUGGCGAAGGAGAGAAAAAAACGCCGCCGCAUAGAAGCAAAGUCCGCACCCGAGAGCCACAAGGUACAUGUAAUCGAUGGAUCCUCGACGGAGUCAUCCGAGAUGUCGCCAAGAGAUGCAGAGAUCCAGCAGAUGUGA